AUGGCUACCGAGUACCACAUUGUCGUUCUGGGCUCCGGUGGCGCCGGCAAGUCUGCCAUCACUAUGCGCUACCUGCACAACCACUUUAUUCUCCAGUACGACCCGACAAUCGAGGACUCGUACCGCAAGCAGGUGGUCAUCGACUCGGACGUCUGCCUCCUCGACAUCCUCGACACGGCCGGGCAGGAGGAGUUCUCUGCCCUCUCCUCGCAGUGGAUCCGCUCCGGCGAGGGAUUCAUCAUCGCGUACACCAUCACCGACACCAAGUCGCUCGAGGAGGCCCGCGAGAUCCAGGCCCGCACCCUGCGGGUGAAGGACGCCGACAGCGUCCCCACCGUCAUCGUCGGCAACAAGGCCGACCUCGAAGACCAGCGAGCGGUCGGCACCUCGGAGGGUGCCGACUUUGCAAAGUCAGUCGGCGCCGCGUUCUUCGAGACCUCGGCUAAGGACGAUGUCAACAUCCACGAGACCUUUGCCGCUCUUGUCCGUGCCAUGCGCGAUGCCCGGGCCAAGGCCGCCGGCAAGGACAUCAGCAAGAUCAAGCCCAAGAAGCGGUGCGCCAUUCUCUGA